UGUUACACGUGUUGGAUAAUUCCAGAAGGUGCGUCGCAGUUCUUUAGCCUUUCGCUUGACUAUCUACCGGUAGUGUGACGGAAAUCAAGCGCUAGCAUUGAUCCUCACCUAGCUCUUGAGAAGACAAAAGGCUGCGAUUGUUGAAAAUUUGUCAGUAUUCUUUACUCUUAAACGGUUCAUCUCGUUUUAUUACAGUUAGUUAGCCGAGCUGUUAAAAAUGUUGAGCGUUGCCCGAAGUGUUUCAAGGACUCUGCCGACAAGAAGCUGCGCACGAAAUGUGUCAUCUUUGCUAACAAAGGCUCACUGGAGUGGCUUCCAAUCUGAUGCUCUUAGAGCCCUGUCCAGGAGAGACUAUGCGUCGGAAGCCAUCAAGGGGGCAGUCAUUGGAAUUGAUCUGGGAACCACCAACUCAUGCGUUGCUGUCAUGGAGGGUAAACAAGCAAAGGUGUUGGAGAAUGCAGAGGGAGCCAGGACAACUCCUUCAGUCAUUGCCUUUACGGCCGAAGGGGAGCGCCUGGUUGGCAUGCCUGCCAAACGGCAGGCUGUCACCAAUCCUCAGAAUACGUUGUACGCCACAAAGAGACUGAUUGGCCGCCGCUUUGAUGACGCUGAAGUCCAGAAAGACUUGAAGAAUGUGCCCUACAAGAUUGUGCGUGCUUCUAAUGGUGAUGCUUGGGUGGAGGCUCAUGGAAAAAUGUACUCCCCCAGUCAGGCUGGGGCCUUCGUCCUGAUGAAGAUGAAGGAGACGGCAGAGAACUACCUUGGAACUAAAGUGAAGAAUGCUGUAAUCACAGUACCAGCUUAUUUCAAUGACUCUCAGAGACAGGCUACCAAGGACGCUGGUCAGAUUGCUGGUUUGAAUGUCCUGCGCGUCAUCAAUGAGCCCACAGCUGCUGCGCUGGCCUACGGCUUGGACAAAACCCAGGACAAGAUUAUUGCCGUAUAUGAUCUUGGUGGAGGUACGUUUGAUAUCUCCAUCUUGGAGAUACAGAAGGGAGUUUUUGAGGUGAAGUCCACCAAUGGCGACACCAUCCUUGGAGGAGAGGACUUUGACCUACCCCUACUUAAACACAUUGUCAAAGAAUUUAAGAGAGAGUCUGGUGUGGAUCUGACGAAAGACAGCAUGGCCCUCCAGAGAGUCAGAGAGGCUGCCGAGAAGGCCAAGUGUGAGCUGUCAUCGUCACUGCAGACCGACAUCAAUCUGCCCUACCUGACCAUGGACGCAUCCGGUCCCAAGCAUCUCAAUAUGAAAGUGACUCGUGCUCAGUUCGAAGGCCUCGUGGCCGACCUGAUCCGUCGCACGGUCGCACCCUGUCAGAAGGCCAUGCAAGAUGCAGAGGUGUCCAAGGGUGACAUUGGAGAGGUGCUUCUGGUUGGAGGCAUGUCACGCAUGCCCAAGGUCCAGCAGACUGUUCAAGACUUGUUUGGCCGCGCACCAAGCAAGUCUGUCAACCCAGAUGAGGCUGUGGCUAUAGGGGCAGCCAUCCAGGGUGGUGUCCUCGCAGGAGAUGUCACGGAUGUGCUGCUUCUGGAUGUGACGCCACUGUCGCUUGGAAUUGAGACUCUGGGCGGGGUUUUCACCAAACUUAUUAACAGGAACACGACCAUUCCGACCAAGAAGAGCCAGGUGUUCUCCACAGCAGCAGAUGGACAAACUCAAGUGGAGAUCAAAGUGUGUCAGGGUGAGAGGGAGAUGGCGGCAGACAACAAGGUGCUGGGUCAGUUUACUUUGGUGGGACUCCCUCCUGCCCCACGCGGCGUUCCCCAAAUCGAGGUCACCUUUGACAUCGACGCCAACGGCAUCGUCCAUGUGUCCGCCAAGGACAAAGGGACAGGCCGGGAACAGCAGAUUGUUAUCCAGUCAUCAGGAGGUCUUAGCAAAGACGACAUUGAGAACAUGGUGAAGAACGCAGAGAAGUAUGCAGAAGAGGACAGAAGGAGAAAGGAGCGUGUGGAAGCUGUUAAUAUGGCAGAGGGCAUUGUUCAUGAUACGGAAUCAAAGAUGGAGGAAUUCAAGGACCAGCUUCCUGCUGAUGAAUGCACCAAGCUAAAGGAGGAGAUCACCAAGGUCCGAGAUCUCCUUACCAAUAAGGAUUCGGAAACGGGAGAGAACAUCAAGCAGGCAGCCAGCAACCUUCAGCAGGCGUCGCUCAAGCUUUUUGAAAUGGCCUACAAGAAGAUGGCGUCAGAGCGUGACAGCAGCAGCAGCAGCAGUGGUGAUAGCGGCAGCAGCUCAGAAGGCGAGAAGAAAGAGGGCCAGCAGUAGACUUUGAAUUUGCACUGCAUUUGUUGUCACACAGUUUGACAACAGGACUGUUGGGGAAGGGAGGGGGGGGGGCGAUUGUGAAAGUGUGAAUGUUGUGAAGCAGAAUUAUGUACGGAUGUAAGUAUGUGUUAUCGAUGUAUGCAGGCGUUCAAAGUGAAAUAUGGGCAGGUGGGUCACAAUUAUGUUAAUUUUUGUUUUGUAAUAAAAAUAAGAAUUUAGGCCUGAGACUGAUGGAACCAAUUGUGGUUUGUAACUGUGAUGGGACAAAGAUGGGCCUCUCUGAGACCUGGUGAUGGAUACUACUGUGGUUGUCCAGCAGAGGGAAACAUUUAUCUGCAUCUUAAGCGAGCCCUCAACCCCCAUCCAUCCAAUUUCUGUAGUGCCUAUCCUCAUUUUGGUUGCAGGUGAUCUUGCACCUGCCUGGGGCGAAAAAUGGGGUACACCCAGCACUGGAUGCCAGCCAAUUGCAGGACCCAUGUAAUGCAAACGAGCAAGCUUUAUUUAAUAAAGCUCUUGAACAGCA